AUGCGCCCGAAACUUCUGCUGUUCUGUGCUCUGGUGUGCCUUAUCGUCGUCCUGACCGAGGGCAGGCAAAGGAAGGUAAACAGCCGUAGAUCCCUGGGUCUCAGGCAGCAGAGGCUUCAACGUAAUGUGCGUCACGGAAGCAGGCUGGCUGCCAGAGCAAGACCCAGCCGUGGAAACAGACUUAGUGCCGUCAAUAAAAGAAGCAGGAGGAGUCAGCGAAACAGGAAAACCAAUGCCAAUGCAAAGGCCAAGGCAUCAAAGGCCAGGGCGUCAGCCGCUCAGUCAGUCAGUGACGGCUCUGGCUAUACCAGCCUGCCGCUCGACUUUCAACAGAACUUUGUACGCACUACAAACAAUCUCCGAUUCGAGAAGUCUUUCCUGGCCAGCCGAUAUGGCCAGAGCUUUGCCACGACUACGGGCAAGACUACGUUGAGGAACACGGCCAAUAUGGAGUACACCUGCAAGAUGAACAUUGGCACACCGAAUCAGUCGUUCACGGUCCUUCCCGACACUGGCAGCUCCAACAUCUGGGUUCCGGGCCCCAAAUGCACCGACAAGGCAUGCAAGACCCACAAGCGAUAUCAUCCGGGCAAGUCCAGCACCUAUAUAAAGGACGGCAAAGCCUUCGUCAUCACCUACGGCUCGGGCAGUGUCAAGGGAACGCUUGCCAGGGACACCGUGCGGGUGGCGGGUCUGGCUGUGACCAACCAGACGUUUGCAAUGACCAAAAAGGAGCCGGGCACCACCUUUACGGCAUCGAACUUUGAUGGUAUCCUCGGCCUGGGCUUUCGCAGCAUUUCCGUGGACAAUGUGAAGACUUUGGUGCAGAAUAUGUGCUCGCAGAACGUCAUCUCGAACUGCGUCUUCAGCAUCUGCAUGAAGGGCGGCGGGAGCUCGAAGCGGGGUGGGGUCCUCGUCUUUGGCAGCACGGACACCAGUGCUUACACUGGCUCCGAAGCCUACACGUACACGCCCGUCACCAAAAAGGGCUACUGGCAGUUCGACCUACAGGGCUUCUAUAUGGGCGACACUAAGGUGAGCGGCAGCACCCAGGCCAUUGUUGACUCGGGCACAUCGCUGAUCGCGGCUCCCAAGAGUAUCUUUAACAAGAUCAACAAGAUCCUCGGCUGCACCGUUACCUCCAGCGGCGAGUGCUGGAUGUCGUGUGCGAAGAAGGUGUCGGAUCUUACCUUCGUUAUAGGUGGCAAGAAGUUCGUGCUUGCGGGGAACAAGCUCAAGCUCAAGGUGAGGACCACCAAGGGCCACACAAUCUGCAUUUCGGCGGUGUCUGACAUGGGCACGAACUUCUGGAUUCUGGGCGAUGCCUUCAUCAGACAUUUCUGUACAGUGUUCGAUGUGACUAGGAAUCGCAUCGGAUUUGCUGCCUCAUCGUAA